CGCAGUUUGGCGGUGUGGAGGCGGCAGCGGCGGCGGCUCCUCCCGGGACGCCCCGUCCCCGCGGGACGCCCGUCCCGUUCUCGGUGGGUGCCCGGAGCAAUGGAUCGCCCCAGCUACCUGGAAGAAGACUAUUCUAGCCUGGAUGGGCUGGACGAUGACGUGUUUCACUCUGAUGACUUUGGACUUGCAGGUCAGCCUGGUGAGAUGACUGCAACUGGCUUUUUCACACAGAACCAGUCCUACAGCUGCCUUCUGGGGAGGUUUCAACUAUUCCCCCUCACACACUGCUGUGGUCCCGGUAUCAGGCAUCCUGAGCAGCAGGACAAGGCAACUCAAACACUCAGCCCAUCCUCUUCCAGUCAGGAUGUUAUGUUGCCUUGUGGAGUCACUGAAGAGCCAAGGAGACUCUUCUAUGGGAGUGCUGGUUACCGUUUACAUGUCCCUCCAGCUGGCUUUGUGUUGGAUCCGCACCUCCAGGAGGAACCUCAGGAAGGUCAGCGGGAAGCACGUGCUGAGGUGCAGAUUGCACGGAAGUUGCAGUGCAUUGCCGACCAGUUCCACCGGCUCCACAUACAGAGGCAUCAGCAGAACAGAAAUCAAGUGUGGUGGCAGCUUUUUCUCUUCCUACACAACUUGGCCUUAAACACGGAGGUGAACAGGAACCACACCGGGCAGAGGUGAGCUUCGCCCGCCUGUUUCAGGCCACAUCCAGUCUGCAGGGAGCACUGAACAAACACUGGUUCGGGGGCGAGACAUUGCACACCGCCGGCCGGAUGUGAGGACUCUGACUUUCUGAUACUCGUCUUCAAGUUUGGGUGUUUUUAUGGACUCUUCUUUGCUGCUGCCUGCCUCAUGAGGCAGGGAGCUCUUGUCCAACACUGUUGAAGGAAAGCCAGAAUGUGGGUGUGUUUGGUAAAGCUUGCUGCUGGUUCCCCGCACCAGUGACCUCUGUGCAAGGGAGGCAGAUAUUAGACUGACGGCUUCCUCUGCCCUGUGCAGUAGAUGGUAGAGUGCAGGAGUGACAUUUUGGCUGCUAGUUAAAAAUGAUGCCUGGGAUUGAUGACUAAACAUACUUGGGGUGUCUUUUAGAGCAGAGAUGCUCAAUUCCUCCACAUUUUUAGUGAUGAAAAGCAUUCAAGUAGCUUGGUUCCAUCAGGUUACUUGUUUUAUUCAUUGGUUACUGUUUCUUUCAUUGCACCCUGCAUGAGAGAAAAUCACGAAGAAAUCUGACCUCUUCAACCAUUCCAUUGGGCACCACUUGCAGCUCUCUCACAAGAAGUUGUUCUUUGUCAUUCCCAUCAAUUAAAAAAAAAAAAAAUCAGUAGAACAG